GUCCCGCGUCGCUCGCACGCGCCCAUGCAAAGGAAUCGCAUCGAGAGGACCGCGUCGAAGCGAUGGCGGGGGUCGGUGCGGCGGAUAUUGUCAGCGGCCAUUUACAACCUGUCAUGCUUCACACACGGCUGCAGCACUGGCUGGGUGUCAGGAGUGCUGGGCCGCGAGGCGCUGGCGGGCGGAGCAUGGCUCGCUGCUCUGCCGUGUCUCGUCGCACUACCGACUGCGCCCUUCUUCGCCUUCCUGGCUGACGCUCAUGGGAGGAGAGCGGGGGCGGGGGGUGUUGCUGUUACAUUUAUUGUGAGCUGGUCACUAGCGGCGUGGUGCGGUCCCCGCGGCGUCUGGGCCGCCAGGGUCGUCGCGGGCGCCGGGGGCGCGGGGGCUUUGGCACUGGCCCCGCUGUACUGCGCUGAGAUAUCGCCGAGGACUAAGGGGUUGGCUGCCAUGCCUGCUCUGGCUAUCAGUUGCGGCAUCCUCUUCGCUUUUGUGGCAGGUGGCAUACUGUCAGCACACGCUCUGGCUUUAUCAAUGGUAGCCCCUCCAACUGUGCUGCUAUUGUCUCUCGUGUGGCUGCCGGAAACGCCGUCUUUUCUCAUCAGCGUUGGACGAAUGCAGGACGCAGCCAGAGUGAUCUGCUGGCUAGACGGCUCCGACUUCCGCGAGGACCUGACGGACGCCAUCGAACAGCAGGAGGUGAUAAUCAGGACGGAGCCAGGCCGGCGGGAGUCUGAGGCUCUGCAGCCCAUGCUAAGGCGGAGUCGGAGCGAGGGCACUAGUGAGGGGAAGGAACAGUCUGUGUGCUGGGAUCUAUUUCGUCACCGGCGCUCCCGGCGCGCGCUGAUCUCAUGCUGCGUGCUGCUGGCGGCGGCGGCGGGGAGCGGCGCGGGCGCAGCCACCAGCUUCGCGGCCGCCGUGCUCGCGCACUCCGGCCACGCGCUGCCCGCGCUCAACCUUACUGCUUACAACUUCACUGUCUACAACGGAACAGUGUCACGUGGAUGGCGACAGACUUCAGAGACAGGGUCUGUGCUGUGUGGCACGGCGCUCGUUCUGGGAGCUGCCGUGGCCACUGUGACUGUGGACAAGGUUGGACGCAAGGUGCUGCUUCUAAUAUCGUGCGUCGGUAUAGCGUUCUGCCUCGCCCUCCUCGGCUUUUACUGCGACCCUCGCGCUCACAUGUACUCCUGGUAUCCGCACCGCCUGUGGCCUUACCGGAAAACUAUCCCCAAAGAAAAACACGUCAACUAUACUAUCGAAAACACCAAUGCCUUAACAAAUAUAACUGAUAAGCCAUUUUAUUCAAAUGAAAGUAUAGGAGAGAUAAAACUACAGACAGAAAAGGAAGUUAAUGCAAGUAUAGAAGAAACAUCGUCGGUGAAAAUUGAUCCAAACUUAAUGGGGAAUGAAGAUUCAAUAUGGCCAACUGUGAUUCUCUUAUCAAUGGUUUUGUUCCUGUACAACGUUGGUUUAGGAUCCGUGCCUUAUGUAUUGAUCUCGGAAUUGUUUUCAAUUAAUGUCCGCAGCCUCGCUUCAAGCCUCCUCAUCUCCUGGAUGUGGCUGAGCAGUUUCUUCACCCUCCGCUACUUCGGUUCCUUGGCCACCAGCCUCGGUCUCCAUGGAACCUUCUACAUCGGCGCCUGUUCCACCCUCCUCGUCUCCGUCUUCAUCCAUCUCAUGUUACCUGAGACCAGAGGGUUGAACCAGAAGCAGAUAGACGAUUUAUUGAACGGUCCCCUCUUUGUGCAUAAGAAGAGGAAACGUAAGAACGAGACUUGA